UUGUCACAGGAGCAAUGCUGCCCUGGUGGGAACUGUCCUUUUACCUGUUAGCUUCCAUAGGCUUCCACUUCUAUUCCUUCUAUGAAGUCUACAAAGUCUCCAGAGAACAUGAAGAGGAGCUGGACCGAGAAUUUGACCUGGAGACUGGCACUUUAUUCGGAGGAUUAAAGAAGGACCCGACCGACUUUGAGUGGAGCUUCUGGAUGGAGUGGGGGAAGGAGUGGCUGGUGUGGUUAUUCCUUGGCCACAUGAGCGUGUCUCAAGUCGCCAACCUGCUUUCGAGGAAGCACAAACCCUGGAUCCUCGCAGCCUAUGGGAUGUGGGCCUGCCGCUGUGUGCUGGGGACCCGAGGCACCGCCAUGGUUCUUAUUCACACCACCGUCUCCUUCUGUGUUGCACAGUUCCGGUCUCAGUUCCUAUCAUGGCUGUGUUCUCUCUCUCUGCUCUCUACACUGAGACUGCAAGAUGUGGAGGAAGUUAAGAGAGGGUGGUGCACGACCGAGAACGAGUGCUACCUGCUGCAGUUCACGCUGGCCGUGCGUUGUCUGUGCUACACCAGCUUCAGCCUGGAGCUGUGCUGGCGGCCCCCGCCGGCCGGGCGGCCCUCCUACUCCCUCCCCUGGAUGCUCGCCUACGUCUUCUACUACCCAGUCUUCCACAACGGGCCCGUCCUCAGCUUCCCGGAGUUCACCGCACAGAUGCAGCAGCAGGAGCAGAGCUCGCCGAAGACCAGCCUUUCCAUCCUUGCCUUGGGGCUGGGCCGUCUCCUCUUCUACUGGUGGCUGGCAGAGCUGAUGGUGCAUCUCAUGUACAUGCAUGCCAUCUACAGCAGUGCCUCCCUCCUGAGGGCCGUCUCGAGCUGGACCUUAGGAGGUCUGGCGCUGGCCCAGGUGCUCUUCUUCUACGUGAAGUACUUGGUGCUCUUCGGUGUCCCGGCUCUGCUCAUGCGCCUGGAUGGACUCAGGCCGCCGCCGCUCCCUCGCUGUGUGAGCACCAUGUUCAGCUUCACGGGGAUGUGGAGGCAUUUUGACGUUGGACUACAUGAUUUCUUGGUUAGGUACGUGUACAUCCCAGCGGGCGGGUCACAGCAUGGCCUGCUGGGGGCCCUCUUCUCCACUGCGAUGACGUUCGCGUUUGUGAGCUUCUGGCAUGGCGGGAACGACUACCUGUGGUGCUGGGCCACCCUCAACUGGCUGGGGGUCACCGUGGAGAACGGCGUCCAGAAGCUCGUGCAGAGGCCGCGCGUCCAGCACAGCUUGGCCCAGUUCCUCUCCCCAGGAGCUCGCCGGCGAUUGCACGCUGCUCUUGCCUCUUGUUCCACCUCCAUGCUGAUCCUGUCCAACCUGGUGUUUCUUGGGGGCAGUCAAGUUGGGGAAAUCUACUGGGAUAGGAUCUUCAUACAAGGCUGGCCGUGUGUGACCCUGUCUGUCCUGGGAUGCCUGUACUGCUACGCGCACGUGGGCAUUGCCUGGGCCCACACUUACUCUGGUAACUGA